AUGCCAUCCACACUCAAACCCAUUCAGCUCUACGGUGGCAUCCUUGGCCCCAAUCCUCAGAAAGUCGGAAUCAUCCUCACACUCCUCGAAGUCCCAUUUGAAACCGUUCCAGUCAGCUUCGCUAAAGUCAAGGAGCCCGAGUACGAAGCAAUCAAUCCAAAUGGGCGGCUACCUUCGAUUCAUGACCCAAACACCAACCUGACCAUUUGGGAGAGUGGUGCCAUCAUCCAGUACCUCAUCGAGCGCUAUGACACCAAUGAACCCCGCAAGCUCAGCUUUACACCAGGCAGCGAAGAGGCCGAGCUUGCACGCUCGUUCCUCCACCUCCAGAUCUCCGGUCAAGGUCCGUACUACGGACAAGCUUAUUGGUUUAAGAAAUACCACGCGGAGAAGGUCCCUAGUGCAUUGAAGCGCUAUGUCGACGAAGCGAAACGCGUGACGGGCGUGCUUGACAAGUGGUUGGCCAAGCAGAAGGAGGCCAACGCCAAGAAUGUUGGGGAUGGUCCCUGGCUGGUCGGCAACAAGAUGUCAUACGCUGAUGUAGCGUUCAUUCCUUGGCAAAAUGCGUUACACACCGCAUUCGUUGAGGAAGGGUUCAACGUUGAUGAGUUCCCACAUGAGAAGGAGUGGCUUGAGCGCCUCACUUCAAACAAGUCCGUCAAGGCUGUUCUGGAUUCUGCGGCCGAGCAGAUGGCCAGUGCGUCGAAAAAGUGA